AUGAUAAUCAAUGCAGGUGGUAUUUUGGUUGCUGCUGCGCUUGGACAACCUUUGAUGGGCCCAUUUGCAAAUGUGAUGAAUACCUUCACUGCAAUCUUCAUCUGGUGGUUGGUCUACUUUGGUCCUGGUGAUGUUGCAUUCAGAUUGUACAGAGAGAAGCCAGUGCAAAUAUUACUAAUGGCAGCCAGAGAAACGAGACGGUGCAAAAAGGUUCUGUGGGCUGUAAGUUCUGCUGCAGCUGUUUUUGAAGGGCAGUGGAUUCCUCUUGUCCUAGUUGGCGCACUUGGUGGUUGCUCAGGAAAGUUCCUUCAAACUACCGAAGAGUCAAUAAGAAAGCAUUCAGCUGAGAUGAGCAGAGGAGAGUUCUUGCAGAUAUCCUUUGUCACCAAGGCGUCACUGCUCAUUUCAGGAAUUCUUUCCAUGAUCACAAUCGGAGCAAUUCCUCUAACCAUUGCUCAAGGUCUUUUCUUUUGCUCUGCAAUAUUGGUCUCAGUAAACCUUGCCAUGACUCUAGCUGGUCUCCCUGAUCCCUUCCAUCCUAUAACCAAUGCAACAUGGAGAAUGGUGUCCAUUGCAAGAAAAAAGGGGGCAUCAAAAGAGGAAGCUGCUAAAGUCGAUGCAAAAUCUGGUGAUAAAGAGAUAAAGAAAGAUAAGUGA